GGGUUUUUUAGCUAAUACACUCUCUUAUGUAUCAUAUUACUGCGGCAUUUCUCUUUUUGUGGCCACCGAAGAAUAGACAGAAGCUGCAGCGAUGGUGAAGUAUUCAAGAGAACCAGAUAACCAAACCAAGUCCUGCAAAGCAAGGGGAUCUGAUCUUCGUGUUCACUUUAAGAACACAAGAGAGACUGCGUUUUCAAUCCGGAAGAUGCCUUUGGACAAGGCCAAACGGUACUUGGAGGAUGUUUUGGCACACAAGCAAGCUAUUCCUUUCCGACGUUUCUGUGGCGGUGUUGGGCGAACUGCUCAAGCUAAGAACCGUCACUCAAAUGGACAAGGACGCUGGCCUGCUAAAUCUGCUAAAUUUAUCCUUGAUUUGCUAAAGAACGCUGAAAGCAAUGCUGAGGUGAAAGGUUUGGAUGUUGAUGCACUUUACAUAUCACAUAUCCAAGUCAAUCAAGCACAAAAACAGCGUCGCCGUACUUAUCGUGCCCAUGGAAGGAUAAACCCUUACAUGUCAUCGCCAUGUCACAUCGAGUUAAUUUUGUCUGAAAAGGAAGAACCUGUCAAGAAAGAGGCUGAUACUCAGAUUGCUCCUAGGAAGCCUAAGGGUGCUCUUCGUAGCGGAGCUUCCUCCUGAAAAGCUUUGGGCAGAUUCAGGAUAGUUGCACCAUGAGAACAUUUUUGUUUUUUCUUCUGUUGAAGCAGCUUAUCAAACUAUGAAUUUAUAUGCUAAGAUUUUGUUCAUGAAUUUGAUAUUUGAUGUUGGAAUCACAGAACUUUUUCAUUAAACAGUAGUACUUGGCUUCUAUGAGGA